AACUGUUUCCCUCCUCUGCGAUGGCCGCGCCGGUGACGCGGCAGGUCAGCGGCUGCGCAGGCCGGAUCCCGAGCCCGACCGGUUCGGAUACAGAGCGCGGGCAGCCGCUAGCGGCCGCCGUAGCGGAGCUGCCAGUGCUGGACGCGUCUGGGAGACGGGUGACGUUCGGAGCGCUGUUCCGAGAGCGGCGAGCCGUGGUGGUGUUCGUGAGGCAUUUCUUGUGUUACGUCUGUAAAGAAUAUGUCGAAGAUCUGGCCAAAAUCCCCAAGAGCUUCCUCCGAGAAGCAGACAUCACCCUCAUAGUGAUUGGACAGUCAUCAUACCAUCAUAUUGAGCCUUUCUGCAAACUGACUGGAUAUUCUCAUGAAAUCUAUGUUGAUCCUGAGAGAGAAAUUUACAAGCGAUUGGGGAUGAAAAGAGGUGAAGAAAUUUCCUCCUCUGGACAGAGCCCCCACAUAAAGUCCAACCUGCUCUCCGGAAGCCUUCAGAGCCUGUGGCGGGCAGUCACUGGCCCGCUUUUUGAUUUCCAAGGAGACCCAGCUCAGCAAGGAGGAACCCUCAUUUUAGGUCCAGGUAACAACAUCCACUUUGUGCACCGAGACAGGAAUAGGUUGGAUCACAAACCCAUAAACUCUGUUUUACAGCUUGUGGGGGUUCCGCCUGUGAACUUCAUGAGCAGACCUACAGUCAUCCACGUGUGACUAAACGUGGGAUCUUCCACUUGUGAAUGGGCCCUUGAAACGUGAACCAAAAUGCCAGACACCAUGGCUUCAUGGGGUCAUGAAACAUAGAGCUUAUGUGUCUAUAGAAGUACAUGCUGAGUGAGGGGCAUCAGUUGUCAGAAAUGGAAUAGACAUUUAAAGUUUUAUAGCUUCUAUAAUUCUAUACAAAUACAUAAAAGUCAAACAUUAUAAAACUAUUACUACCAUUGUUAAUAUUUUAUGAAUAUCCAUUCAAUAAAAAAGAUUUUUGGCAACUAAAAUAUAAGAAGGAAGUGCUAGAAAGAUCAGUCAGUGGUUAAGAGCACUUGCUUCUUUUGCAGAAGACCCAGGAUCCAGGUUUGGUUCCCAGACCCCAUAUGGUAGCUCACAAUUGUCUGUCACUCCAGUUCCAAGGGAUCCAACAUCUUAUGGCCUUGGGCGCCAGGUGCACAUGUGGUAUACAUGCAUACAUGUAGGCAAACACUCAGACACAUAAAACAAUAAAUAAAACGUUUAAGAAAUACAUAUGUGCCAGAUAUGAUGGCACAGGCUUAUAAUCCUAGCCCUGAGGAAUGGAGAUGAGAGUCCGGCCUGAGCUAUGUAGAGAGAGCCUUUCUGGGAAAAAUAGUCAGUUAGUGGAAGGGAGGAAUGCAUAAAGGGAAAGAAAAGGAACUCAAGAAAGUUAUUCUGUAAACAGUGCAGCCACAUAUGUGUAUUACUGAUUUUUUGUAUGCUUGGAGAAAAAAAUGGUAAAUAAACACAGAGCAACACUGCCAGUAGCCUGUAUGUGUCUGUGGUGAAAGAAUAGAUAUUUCUGCUUGCUUUCCAAGUCCUUUAUUUCCCAUGCUCUCUCAUAAUCUUGGCUGACUAGGAGGUGGGUCAGGAAAGAAUCUUUAACCAUUAAAGUGAAAAUGCCACCAGGCAGUGGUGGCUCACAUCUUUAAUCCCAGCAUUUAGGAGGUAGAGACAGGUGGAUUUCUGAGUUCCAGGCCAAAAACAAAAACAAAAACAACAAAAUAAAGUGAAAAUGCCUGCUUACAUUAAACUUCUGUGGAGGUGCAGGUGAUUUCUUGCACAGGGGUUGCCUCCCAAGUAAGGAUUCAUACAACCUCUUACAGACAGCAGGAUGCCUGCUCACUGCUAGGGGAAAGAAACUAGAGUUAUAUACAUUCUAGGUGCCCUUUGUCCUAGAUAUAUUUAACAUAUGAUCAGGGAUGGGGGUGCAGCUCAGUGAUAACAGAAUGUGCUCCCCUGCAUAAAAACUUUGUUUUUUAUUCCCAGCAUGGCCCCUAAACCAAACCAAGUAUUUCCUUCAACUCACUUGUUCCACCAAAACAAUCCUAGGGCAAUAGGUAGUGGGUGUGUGUGUGGGUGUGCUGAGAAAUGCUGCUUUUUAAAAGGCAAUAUUAAGAUUGUUUUUAAAACCUUUGUAAUGAAAUGACAUGCUAUGUGAUUGAUUGGGUGUGUUAGCCCACACUUAGAAUCUCAGCACAGGCAGACGAGUCCAUGAGGCUGGGGUAGAUACUGAGUUCCAGGCCAGACUGGGUUAUAUAUAGUAAGAUUAUGUCUCAAAAAUAACAAAAAGAAGUGUGCAGCCAGAUAUAGUGAUGUAUGAGGAGGCAGAGGCAGGAGGAUCUCUGAGGUCCAAGACAGCCAGGGUUACAAAGAGAGACCCUGUCUCAAAAACAAAACAAUUAAAGGCAAAUGUGCAUUGGGUUAGGUCGUACAUUCGUAGACAUCUGCUUUUUCUCACCCCAAAUCAGUCUUACUUGGAAAACUAUUUUCAUAUUUUACCUUUCAAAAAUCUUACUUUUGUCCCAGAAAUUCUCAUGAAAUGUAUCAUAAAGUCAAACCAAUGGUAAUCCUUAGUAACUACUAGGACCUUAUACUUUUAUAUAAAACAUUAAGUCACAAAACUGUAUUUUAAUGUAUUUUUACACAGGCAUAUAUGGACAGUCAUGUUUUUAAAUCAAUAAAAAAUGAAUAUUUUCAGAAUUUAAAAUUAA